AUGAUGUUGGGUUUCAACGUAUGGGUUCUGAUUUUGGAGUUCAUGGUUAGGGAUUUCGAUUUGUUUUCAUCUGUCUAUAUUGUUGUUUAUUCCAUUGAAAUGGUCAAUCGAAAAAGCAGAGCAGUGAGAAGACGUAUUUCAAUUGAUGAGGGAGCAUCUAGUGGGUGUAGCAGUGACGACAAUGAACAAGAGGAAGAAUUCCUCCUUGAAGAUAAUUCUUCGGAGGAUGAUGAAGAAGUUAUUGCAGCGAGAGAGAAAGUGAAAAACUAUGGUAGAGGUUGGAAAUCUGUGGCUCUACUGCAGGAAAGUGAUAAUGAUGAUAAUGGUGUAGGUGAAAAUGAGUCUGAAAGUGAUGGUGGCAGUGUUGAAGUUAAUGUUGGGGAUGGUGAAAUGGAUGUUUCAGAUGCUGAUAGUGAGUCAGAUGGUCCUAACAGUGAGUACUUAGAGUCUUCCGAUCCUGGUAGCUAUAGAGAUAGCACUGAUGAAGACGAAGACUUGAGAGAUGAUGCAAUUAGAAAGAAGAGCAAAUUUCCAAAAUUCAAAAAGGAUGAAGGCAUGACAUACGGUACACUAAGAAUGAACCUAAUAGGUGUAGAGCUAAAUGUGGGUGCUAAGGACUGUCCAUGGCAUAUAUUUGCAUCAUUUAACAAAGAAGUUGGUGGUUUUCAAAUUAAGACUUAUGUUCAUGAACACUCUUGUGAUCCUAAAAGGGGUUUGAAGAGGCUGACCACUAAGUAUUUAGUGUCGAAGUUUUAUGACACAGUUGCAGCCCAUCCAGACAUUAAGAUUAGAUACUUGAAGCCUUUUAUGGAGAGAAUUUUGGAGUUAGAUGUGAACUUGACUCAAUGCAAAAGGGUUAAAAAGAGUAUAUUAGCAGAUUUGGCAGGGAAUUGUUUGAAGGAGUAUGGUAAACUAAGGGAUUAUGUUGAGGAGCUUGUGGUAUCUAACCCUGGGACCACAGUGAGUUUGCUUACUGACAGGCAGAAUGAAGAUGAUCCACCAACAUUUAAAUCCUUUUAUUGUUGUUUUAAGAGUUGUAAGGAGGGUGUUCUUAAUGGAUGCAGACCAGUGUUAGGGAUAGAUGGUUGCUUUUUGAAAGGAUUGGUUAAAGAAGAGUUGCUAAUAGCAAUUGGCAGGGAUGGGAAUAACCAAAUGUUCCCAGUCGCUUGGGUUGUUGUAUUAGUUGAGAACACAGACACUUGGACUUGGUUCUUGAACUUAUUGAGGCAUGACCUAGGGACUGCUGAAGGUGAAGGCUGGACAUUGAUAAGUGAUAGACAAAAGGGGUUGGUUGGCGCUGUUGCGGAUACAUGGUCGAAAGCUGGACACAGAUAUUGUUGUCGUCAUUUUUAUGCAAACUGGUGCAAAACACAUGCUGGUAGGCAGUUGAAGAACUUACUCUGGGCCCUUGCAAAGUCAACAAACAUAUCUGAUUUUAAUUUGAAAUACAAGGAAUUGGAGAAGGUGCAUCCUGCUGCAGCAAAGGAUUUGAUGCUAGUUGAUCCCAAGUACUGGUGCAAAGCAUUCUUUAGUCCAUUUUCAAAGUGUGACUCAUGUGAUAACAACUUAUGUGAAGCUUUUAAUGGCACCAUUGUGGAAGCGAGAAGCAAAUCUAUCAUAUCUAUGCUUGAAGAUAUUAGAAGGGCAGUGAUGCGAAGAAUUAGAGACAAAAGAGUUGGUGUAGCAUCAUGGAAAAAUGAUUUUGGUCCUCUUAUCAAGAAAAAAUUACAGAAUAAUGUCAAAGAAAGUCAUAUGUGGGUGGCUGAAUGGAAUGGAGGAGGUAGCUACGAAGUGAAGUGUGGGAGAAGUCAGUAUGUAGUUCGAUUGAGGGAGGGGGUGUGCUCAUGUGGGGCAUGGGAACUUUCUGGAAUUCCAUGUCUUCAUGCUAUCCGAGCAAUACAUGACAAUGGUGAGAGGUCUGAAGACUACAUCAAUCUCUAG